UUUCAGCUGAGCUUUUUCUAGAUUCUCAAGUAGCUUUCACGUAUUCAACAGUGAGUGAACACAGAACUGCACUUCUAGUUGUACCUUUUCUAUAUUAACUUCUUGCCUUGCAUUAAAGCUUCCAUUCAGAACCUACCUCUGAGUUUCCUUCCAGUCUCCAUUAAUUCAGCAUUUCUUGUGUUAUAUAUCACCAUGGAACAAGCUCAAUACUGGCUGUGGAUGAAGAGAAAACAACUCUUGAAGUCACAGCUGCCAGCACCAAUGAAAUCCAUCAGUGGUUCGUGGGAAGAGAAAGCUUUCGCAGAAGAUUCAUCUGGGCAUCUUGGUGGAUGCAUCUGGCCGCCAAGAUCUUAUUCUUGCAGUUUUUGUAACAGAGAAUUCAGGGUUUCAACUCUGUCCAGUCAAGAACAUUUAAGUGAACAUGCCUUUGUUUCUCCCCCUUCUUCUUCCUUCGUUCAAGAACAGCAUAAAGGGUAUCCUUAUCUCCAUGAUAAUUUAUCAGGCUCAGAUCAUUCUUUGUCAGUUAGACUUCAUUCAAAACCUGAAGCAGAAAGGAAUCAAGGUGAAGUAAAGGUUACAUGCUUGAACCAUGAUAAGUUUGCUGCGACGGACUUAUUUAUGGACCUAGGUUCAGUUAUUAAUAGCCACAGUUUAUUAUCACCUGGUUCUUGUGGUGAUGAGGCAGUCAGUUGCAAAAGGCCUAGAACCAAUGUUUCAGUACUCUCACUGUUGGUUAAGCCACGUCCAAAUGAUGGAUACAUUCUUCAAUCAGAGGCAACCGGACCUACUUCUAGCUCCAACGAGGGCAUAGAUCUUGAACUCAGGCUUGGUGAGACACCAAAAAGGUGAAGUGUUAGCAGCGGCAGCUUUAGAGUGCAAUUGUAUGGGGUUGAAGCACAUAUUUUAAUUAGCAUGAUAAGAAAGGAAAUGGUCUUUCUUGAUUUGGCA